AUGAGCGACGAAGAACGAAUUUAUCGAAUAUACUCUGAUGGAGUGUUUGAUAUUUUGCAUUUUGGACAUAUGCAGCAGUUAGAGCAGGCAAAAAAAAAGUUUCCGAAGGUUCACCUGAUAGUGGGUGUAAUGUCAAACGAGGAUACUACAAAAUAUAAAGGAAAAAUAGUGCAGUCAUUGGAAGAACGUACAGAAACUUUACGUCAUAUAAAAUGGGUCGAUGAAAUAAUUUCUCCCGCUCCUUGGGUUAUAACGCGCGAGUUUUUUGAAGAGCAUAAAAUCGAUUACGUCUGUCACGAUGCAGCUCCUUACCGUACCGGAGAUAUGGAAGACGUGUACAAAUGGUUAAAAGAUGAAGGCAAAUUUUUGGAGACUCAACGGGCGCUUGGAAUAAGCACAACAGACAUUAUUACCAAGAUACUAUACGAUUACAACGACUAUAUCUACAGAAGUUUGGUGCGGGGCGUCACACCGGAAGAUUUGAAUAUAUCUCAAACGACAGCUACGAAGAUUCACUUUGAGAAAAAAUUAGAACAGCUACCUUUAUUAUUUGAGAGACCAAAAUGUCAUAAAAAAUGGAACUGGAUGACAAACUCUUCAUUGUAG